AUGAUUACCAGUGUUAAUGACUUGAAACCUACUAUUGGCAUGGUAUUUCCGACUGAUGAUGAGGCAUAUCAACAUUAUAACAGUUAUGCCAAGGAGAGAGGGUUUUCUGUUCGGAAAUACAGGGUGGAUUGGUCAAAGUUAGAUAAACACGUAGUUGCAAGAUACUAUGUCUGUUCAAAUCAGGGUGAGAAAAUAAAAGACAAACGGAGAAAGGUGGAUUACCAGCAAUGUGUGACAAAGAAAACUCAUUGUGUGACUUUAUUGAAGAUCAAGAGUAGUAAUGGGGUGUGGGUGGUGGAUAAAUUUGAAAAGAAGCACAACCAUAUAUUGGUGAACAGGAAUGAUUCUUUCAGACUUAGAUCACAUCAGAAAAGGCAUAAAAGUACAGUUGACCUUGUACAACGACUGUAUAAGUGUGGCAUAAGACAAGCACAUAUAAUGAGAGUUGUAAAAGAUUUUGCUGGUGGUGAGAAGUUUGCCGGUGUUAAUCACCACAUGCAGUGUACAUUUUUUGGUUGUGGACUAAUAGUUGAUGAGACAAAGGAAUCAUUUAUAUGGCUAUUUAGGACAUGGCUUCGAGUGAUGAAAAAUAUGCAGCCUAAAGCAAUAUUUACAAUUCAAGACCCAGGAAUAAUGAGAGCAAUCAAGCUUGUGUUUCCAUUGACUGUGCAUCGGAAAUAUCCUGAUUUGAACGCAGUUUAUAGGAGUUGUAUUUAUGGUUCUAAUACACCAGUUGAAUUUGAGGAGCGUUGGGAGAGCAUGAGGGGAGAGUCGAUGAAUAUUUAUUUUCAGGGCUUCUUCACAUCAGCAAUACCUCUUAAUAAAUUUGUUGCUCAAUUUGAAGAAGCUGUGAACAAAAGAAGAGAAAAAGAAGCCAAGGAAGAUGCUAUUUGCAUCACCUUAUUCCCUUCUUGUGUUACAGGUCAUAGAAUUGAGCAACAAGCCGCUAAUGUUUAUACUAAUAAGGUGUUUAAGUUUUUCUCUGAAGAGUGGUUCGCUUGUUUUGGUCUUCAAGCAAAUCAAUGUGAUGAUGAAGUUAUAGCGAAGAGGUAUAAGGUCUUUCAUUUUGAUGGGGUUCGAGAGAAUGAUGUCCAAUAUGUAUUAGAUAAUCAUCAGACUGAUAUCACAAUUUGUGGAUGCACCUUGUUCAAUAACAAAGGUAUACUAUGCAGACAUAUACUUAAGAUAUAUGUGAUAACAGACAGAUCCUACAUUCCAGAUUGGUAUAUCAUGCAUAGGUGCACCAUAGCGGCCCAAUUUAGUAACACCCCAUCUGGAACUUUGUCAGGGUUAUCUCAAGGACAGCCACAACAACCAAUAUGGCUUUUACAAGAUCUUGCCAAUAAAUUUGCAAGAGAAAGAUCUCUUUCUGAAGAACGGUUUGAUGUUGCUUUAAAAAUAUUGAAUGAAGGGUUAGUGCAGGUCCAGAGAUUGCAAGCAAAUGUGCCUAGUUUGAGUUGUAUUCCUGAAUCUUCAACUGUAGUCCAACAAACAGUUAACACAUUGGGGAUUACGAGCGAUCAUACACAAGUUAGCAACUUCUCUUCGUAA